AUGACGGAGUCAGUGUUAAUAGCUUUAUAUCGCAAUGCGACUUCUUUAAAUUUGACUUGCAAGAAACUAAAGGUGGUUCCCACGUGUGUGUCCACAAUAGCAAACCUGUCAGUUCUCCUGUUGAACAACAACUCGAUCUGCGCGCUGCCCGCGGAGCUGCGCGCGCUGCGACACCUCGCUGAGCUGAAUUUAGGAAAUAAUGCCUUGAAUGAGGUUCCUGCUGUGUUGGGCCAUCUGGAGUCGUUGAAGAAACUGUAUCUGUUCAGCAACCAGAUCACAGCCCUGCCACCUGAUGUGAUCGAUGGUUUACGAAACCUUGUUGUGCUCAAUCUAAACCACAACCGGAUUCGAAGACUUCCACCGGAGAUUAAAAGUUUGAGUCGGCUGCGACAUCUGAGUGUGCUGGACAAUGAGCUGGAGGAGGUCCCUGUCGAGUUGGGUCAUCUUACCGAGUUGACUGAGGUUAACUUGACUUCCAAUAAUUUGUCCUGGCUACCUCCGCAGCUGUACAAGUGUAAAGACCUAACCAAGUUGCAUGUAGCCAGAAACAAACUGACCAGCCUCCCAGAGGGAAUUGUUGCAUUGGCAAAACUCAGAGUCCUGGACGUGGCUGGAAACAAGUUGUACAUGUUCCCUGCUGAGUUUCACCUGCUGCCCCUGAGGGAGCUUUACUAUGAAGGCAACAGGUUUGUGCGCUGUGAGCCGAUGUCAUCAGUGCAGGAUGUGGAAGUGCUUACGUUAAAGGAACUGGCUGCCAGAUUUGUUUUGCAGGAGGACAGGAAGCAGUCUUCUCUGGUCCACACGAUGCUUCCCCACUACCCAACGCUGACCGCCCUGUUGGAUAAUUGCAGCUGUUGUGCGUUCUGCCGGAAGCCCUUCCUCGGCACCUGGCUGGAGUGUGUGCAUUUUAUCAACCUGAAGAAGGACAUGAAAAUGAAAAGUUUGCAGACUAUUCCAGUGCGAGCUCUUCUUUGUUCAUACAAGUGCUUCAAUAUGGCUGGAUACUCCUAUUAUGGUGUUGCCAGAAGAUAAAUACAAGUUCAUUAAAAAGGUAUAUUCAUGAUCUCAA